CAUCACAUAAGAACAGCUUUAUUUAAUUUUUGGGAAACGUACUAAAUUUUCAAGUGGAGCAGAACAAGAAAAAUAAAAAUCGACAGUUUUUUUUUUCGAUCACAUCGAUUUUGAGGAUGUCCGCGUAUCAAAUUAAACAUACGCCGUAUUUCCGGCGCAUGUUCAACAACAGUCGCCGCAACGGGCAGCUGCAGCGAUUACGGGAGGAAUACGAGCGCAUCCAGGAGUUCAACGAUCGCACCAUCGAGCUGAAGAUGCGGCAGGUGCGACUGAGGCGACUCUUUCGCUACAUCGAAGACAUCAAUCAGGAGACGACAGCGACGCCGAUGACGACGGUGCCGGGUGCAGCCGGGACACAGGCGCACUCGCUGCGACGUCGGCAGACGCUGUUACCGCUGACGCCGGAGGAGCAGCAUGCGCUGAUUCGCAGACAACGUCUGACGGCGCUCGAGCGUGGCCGCGAACUUGGCCAGGAGAUCUCGCGCCGCAAUGCCCAGCUAGCGGAGACCGGUGGCGGCUUCUAUCUGCGCAGCGAACUCCGACCAAUAGCCAAGCUGCGCGCAGCGGACGAAGCGAGAACUCUGGCACUGGAGCGACGUCAGCGCGCCGCCCGUCGCAUCAGCUAUGGCAAUGAGCAAUCGCGCUCGAAUAUCGAGCGCAUUGUGCGGCGUCGCCAGCGGCAGCGAGCCAUCGUCAAUGCAACACCAUCCGCAUCGCUGAUGCGCAACAGCAACGGACAACAGCAGCAGCAGCAGCAGUUGGCUGAGCUACAUCCGGAUCUGGUGAAGCGUGCUAUGUUGCAGCACCGUCUCGAAUACGGUAACUCCCGCUCCAGCAACAAUUUAAAUAGGCCGAUUGGCAAAUUGGCCACUGCUGGCUGCCUUUUGAACUGCAUCUCUACAACGGAUGCGAAGAUGGCCCAGGAGGAGGAGCAGCAGCUGCAGCUGCUUUCAUUAUCCGCUGCCCCCUACAAUAACAACAACAACAGUGGCAACGUUGUCAAUGUGGAUGCAGAGUCGGAUAUGCAGACAGCGUCGGAGCAGCCCGAUGACAAUGUGCCCACCACCAGCAAGGAGGCAUCGAUGUCGGAUCUGAGCGCUCGACAUCGCUGGCAUUGCAUCUCGCUGCCGCUGCCCUGGGUUAAGAGCUUGCAGAAGCACCCGGUAGCUGAGCAGCGGGCGACCAACAUAAGCAUCACCAUUGGUAACGAUGAAACGGCGAACAUUAGUUCGCCACAACUAACAGAAACUGCAACUGGAACUGGAACAGGAACGGGAACAACAGACGGCACCUAUCAAAGUAUUCGUGAACCAUCGUUAUUGCAGGAGGACUUGUUGCAUAUAAUGGAGCUGGACAAUGGUUUCCAGGUGCCCAAAAUGUAUGUUAUGCAUCAUAAGCCAUUUGACCAAUAGCAAUAGCGCCAUUAUCGAGUCAAGGAGCAAGUGCAUCUGGUGCAUUGAGCAAUCUGGUCAUCUAAUAUCUAACAUUGGAACAACAAUCAUACACAUAUUAAGUUACAUUCUAAAUUGAGCUGAAAUCCAGCUCAAUACAACAUCAAAAUGCUUAUCCAUAUAUGUACAUGGUGCAUGCAACCUAAUAUGAUAUAUCCUAUAUCUACAUAUAUAUAUAUACAUAUGUAUAAGGUCACAAUAUGAUCUAUUUGCUUACAGUCAUAUUAAGUAUAUAAACAUAAAAUAAUGUAAAAUAAAUUCAAAAUUAAAUG